UCAGCUUUGUAUGGACUGUGGAGCUCGCCUGCAGCCAUGGGGAAGAUGCUGUCCAAGAUCUUCGGCAAUAAAGAGAUGAGGAUCCUCAUGCUGGGCCUGGAUGCGGCUGGCAAGACGACCAUCCUCUACAAACUCAAGCUGGGCCAGCCAGUGACCACUAUCCCCACAGUGGGCUUCAACGUGGAGACGGUGACCUACAAGAACGUCAAGUUCAACGUCUGGGACGUAGGGGGCCAGGACAAGAUCCGGCCCCUCUGGAGACACUACUAUACCGGCACCCAAGGGUUGAUCUUCGUGGUGGACUGUGCGGACCGUGACCGGAUCGACGAGGGCCGGCAGGAGCUCCACCGCAUCAUCAAUGACCGGGAAAUGCGGGACGCCAUCAUCCUCGUCUUUGCCAACAAGCAAGACCUCCCCGACGCCAUGAAGCCCCAUGAGAUCCAAGAGAAACUGGGCCUCACUCGCAUUAGGGACAGGAAUUGGUAUGUCCAGCCGUCGUGUGCUACGUCGGGAGAAGGACUCUACGAAGGCUUAAUGUGGCUUACGUCCAACUACAAAUCCUAAUUCUAGGGCUGUAUUACAUACAAUGUGCGCGCACACAGCAUCUCUUUAACCAAUGAAUCCUAGAACGUAUACAUAUAUAUAUAUAUAUAUAUAUUCUCUUCUGUCUCUUCCCUCACCCACCCACCCCGGUCUCCCAAGCAUUUUUGGGGACAGCAGGUUUUGCAGUCUAAUAGGGUGCAUUGAAAUUAAUUUUGAUUAGUUGCUUCUGCAGAAGUUGGACUAGU